AUGUCACAGUCAACGCCAGAUGGCAACCCUUCUCAGGAGGAGAACGACCGGCCGGUGAAGCUUCCAAUUCGUACAAAGGACGGGCAAGAAGCUAUGGACCCCACAGAAGAUUCCUCAGGGGAGAAGAUCAGCAAGAGUGAGCAAAAGAGACGUCAGAAAGAGAAGGAGCGUGAGGAGAAGAAGGCGGCCAAAGCGGCAACCGCCCCACCCCAGGCCGAGAAAAAGGUGUCUGCUGUCGCUCAGGAAGCUGAAUUGACGCCAAAUCAAUAUACAGAGAUCCGAUCGCGCACCGCCCGCGAACUCCACCGCGCCCCUCAUUUCGACAUUCAUGGGGCCAACCCCCCGCAUAAUGAAACCGUGGGUGGAUUCAUACCGAAAUACCAGCAUAUCAAGACAGGCGAGCACCUCAAAGACGUGGAAGUCAGUCUCGCAGGCAGGGUUUUCACCAAGCGAGAGGCAGGACCCAAGCUCAUAUUUUAUGAUCUGAGGCACAAGGGCGGCAAGCUCCAGAUAAUGUGUCAAGCUCAAGAGGCAGCGGGCCCGUUGACUUUCGAACAACAACAUGAACAUAUACGGCGUAAUGACAUUAUAUGGGUUACAGGCUACCCGGGACGGACAGCUCCCAGGAAUCGACCCGAGGGCGAACUCUCCCUAUUCGCAAGAGAAGUCAAAAUGCUUACACCAAGUCUACACCAACUCCCAUCAGAUCACUAUGGUUUCAAGGAUCAAGAGCAAAGAUACCGACAAAGACACCUGGACUGGAUCAUGAACGAGGCUUCGGUGGAUGUCUUCCGCAAGCGUCAUGAGAUUAUCCGCUACAUCCAAAAAUUCUUCGACGGGAUGGAUUUCAUUGAGGUGGAGACCCCUGUAUUGACCGCUAUAGCAGGGGGAGCGACCGCCAAACCUUUUAUGACGCACCACAACGAGCUGAACAUGACCCUCUACUUGCGGAUCGCACCAGAACUAGAUCUCAAGAAAAUGAUUGUUGGCGGGUUCGAUCGAGUCUACGAAAUAGGCAAGCAAUUCAGAAACGAAGGCAUUGAUUUGACCCACAACCCGGAGUUCACGACCUGCGAGUUCUAUAUGGCAUACGCAGAUGUGUUUGAUGUCAUGGAAAUUACCGAAGAUCUGGUAUCUGGUUUGGUGAAGCACGUCACCGGCAGCUACGAGACUAAGUUUGACCCCCAGACAGGGGAGCAGUACCACAUCAAUUGGGCAAAGCCUUGGAAGCGUGUCGAGAUGAUACCAGCUCUCGAGGAAGCGUGCGGAGAGAAAUUUCCGCCUAGCCCGGAGCUACAUACGGAGGCUUCUACCGAUUUCCUCAAGCGUGUUCUCAAGAAAAUGAAUAUCGAAUGCUCGCCACCGCAAACAAACGCCCGGAUGCUGGACAAACUUGUUGGCGAAUUCAUCGAAGAGAAGAUCGUUAAUCCCACAUUUAUCACCAAUCACCCUCAGAUCAUGUCUCCUCUUGCCAAAGUACACCGCAAGCAUCCGGGUCUCUGUGAGCGGUUCGAAGCCUUUGUCUGCAAGAAAGAGAUCGUAAACGCUUACAGCGAACAAAAUAAUCCCUUCGCGCAACGAGAAGCUUUUGAGGAACAAGCCAAAAUGAAAGCCCAGGGCGAUGAUGAAGUGCCGGCCAUUGACGAGAGCUUCAUAACGGCUUUGGAAUAUGGGUUGCCACCAACUGGAGGCUGGGGUAUGGGAAUUGACCGCUUGGUCAUGUUCUUGACGAACCAUUACAACAUCAAAGAGGUACUUGCCUUCCCUUUUAUGAAGGAUGACCGGAGCCAGGGCAAGGACAAAGGGGCUGUAGCCGAGGGAGAAGCCGUAGUGACCGGUCUCGAUGGGGGGAUUUCCAGACUCAACCCUCCAACACCGGUCUCCGAUCCAACAACGAGCGCACCAAGCGUGUCUCGGCUCCACACCACCUUUGUAGAAGUCAGGGUCCACACCGCCAAAUGCGACUCGUGUGACAGGCACAACAAGCUGACCCUGUACCGCUGCACGGAAUGCGGCCAGCACGUGUGUUCGUUGUGUUGGCGCAAGGCCGGGGAUGGGACCCAUGUCUUCGGUGGUGGAUUGCACGAUGUGCCUGGAUCGGACGCUAACCAUCUCAUCGAGGACGAUGAUGCAGAUAGCGAGCGGGGAUAUAAGAAGGCGGGUAAGACGCAUGCUAGAAGGAGAGUUCAGGUCAUCAGCGACGACGAAGAUGAUGAUGUCCCGAUGUUGGAGCCUGCUCGCACAAUGGAGAACGCAGAGGUGAAUGAUGCAAGCAAGCAAGAUAGGAAGGAAAUAACCGUCAUCAUGAACGAUGACCAUCACGAAGACCAUGAAGAUGACUUGCCCAGAUUGUGGCCUGUUGUAGCAUCCGGAGAAUUGCCAGUGUUGACGCCGGUUGUACCAGCUGCCAACACAACUGCAUCCGAGAGCGUAACCCGGGCGACGCAGAGAGAUCCUCACAUCUAUGGAGAAGAAGGUGACUCAGAGCACCAGAGGAUCCUGCGAGUUUAUGACAGCCUAGGCAGACAAACAAUGUCUAGUCGAUAUGGCUUUGUUGGCGACCAGGAGACAAGCCCUCAAGCUCGUCAUCCUUCCCAGUCAUCCAUAUCUCAUCAGCAGGCCACUCAGUUGGCUCCUAGUCAGAUCAAACCCGCCAUCUACCGCCCCCGGCCUGGGGCAGAUGUGGAUAAGCAGGCGGCUCGCAAUCAACUUGCUUUCGCCAACAGCCAACCAACGAAUCGUCAAGCUCCUCGUCCCGCUCCACCCUUAAUGGCACACCAGCAGGCCACUGAGUUGGCUCCUGAUCAGAUCAAACCCGCCGUCUACCGCCCCCGGCGGGCGUGUGGUAGCAGGCGGCUCGCAACCAACUUGCUUUCGCCAACAGCCAACCAACGAAUCGUCAAGCUCCUCGGCCAGACAAAGCCCCCACCUCACACGAGCAGGCGGUCCAUCCGGCUCCUCGUACGGCGCAAGCCUCCAUCUCUCCGCAGCAUGCUCACACUGCAGCAAACGUGGACCGGGUGGCGGUGCGCAAUGGAGGCUCGCAAUGGACAGGCCUUGAGCUCACACCAAAGCACGCGGCCGGCAGCAGAUAGGGACCAAGUAGCGGCUCACAACCAGCAAGCGUUCAUCUCAAACCAGCUGUCGUCAUCUGGUGCAACUUAUGUGGAACAGAUGAUAGCGGCUCGCGAUCGACAGCAGGCCUAUCUCUCACGACAGCAGGCAAAUCAUCCAACGCCUGGCCCACCCCAAACCUCGUUCUCAUACCGAGGUGCUACUAAUACACCUCGUUUUCCAGCUCAGGCCUUCCUCUCACAGCAACAUGCGGCCCUCUUGACUUCUCGUCAGGCCCAGCAUCGGAUAGCCACUCAAGAUCAUCCCAAUGGACCUUCGGGGGGUGUCCGGGUUCGAGAGCACUCUCCAGAAAUCCUCGAAGCAGCCGACACCCUUCUGUUCUACGCCGGAGUAGAUCAGACUCCGGGAGUUCGUCUCCGUUCGGAACAAGAUGAGAAUGGUGUCUCACGGUUGGUCAGUGCAGCUGGUCAGCUUGAAAAAGCAAGCUCUGCCCGUUCUAAGCCCCGCUCGUCUUCGAAGACUUUUGCCGGUGGGUCUGGAGCAGCUGAAACACACUCUAAUAGCUCACGUGGUCCUGCAUUGAACCCGACUCGGAGAAGUACGGACGCUGGUUCAGCAAAAGCUCGACUCGACAAGCAUCGGGCUCGUCUUGCUGGUUUGCAUUCACCAGCGGGUACUCAAAACACUUUUUCUGACCGACCAGUCAGCAUACGAGGUCAUCCAAGCUACCCUUAUCCUGCGUUGCAGUCUGAUCCAGGACGCAUGCUCGCUGACUCCUCCGCUGCCCAGUUUCACAAGUCUAGCUUUCGCGGUGCUCAGUCGCACCCAGGCCCCAGGCUCCCUAUGUCAGAGCAUGCCGCUACGUAUCUCAAUCAGUGGAACUCUGGUCGUGCUGCGAUGUCCUCAAGCUCGAGUAGUACUGCCGUUGAUGUGCCGGCUACCCGACUUAAUCACCCCAACUCUCCUGUCCCAGCACUACAUCUGCGUUCAACUAUUAGUGUUCAGGGCAUCACAGCUACUGGGCGUAGCUCAAAAGAGGCCGCGGAGGCCAGCACUCAGGCGCUGAGCGCUCCGACGUCCGUGGCCGGAGGACUGAAUGAUGUCGAUGUUGUGAUGGGUAGCCCCGAUGUCGAGAUUUUCGAGUACGACGAGUCUCGUCGUAGUGAGACACGGGCUCCGGAGAAUAACGCUUGGACAGUUGGAAUGGUUAGGGAUGCCGAAAAGGCUCGUGCUAGGGCAGCUGGGCCAACCUCCGAGCUGCACGCCGAAGGCAAAAGCGAAAAGCAUCCGAGAGGCGAGAAAAAAGGUCACCGUGAAACUAACAAGGAGCACAAGGCGUCAAGCGAUGUCGAUGUUAUUGACGCGAGGAAGAGAAACAGCAAGGACAAGCAUUCUGAACAGACCGAUGACGAUGAUAGUGACAUCGAAAUUACCUAUUGGAAUAAGUUGGACAGCAACAAGACGGCUGGAAACCACCAAGAUACAAAUGCUGAGGCAAAGGGACCCAAGCCCGCCAAAAUCAUCAAGAAAGGCGUGUCGCACAUUCAGAAGCCAGAACCGAAGGGUCAAAAGGAGAAGACGACGGUGGACAGAGAAUUCUUUUGGAGCUGA